CCAUCACCUCACCUCCCCCUCGUCAAGACCACCCAACAUGGACUCCUACGAUGCCGAGCAGGCCGCCGAGCUCAAGCGCCGUCGCGCCUUCCGCAAGUUCUCGUACCGCGGCGUCGAGCUGGACGCGCUGCUGGACAUGAGCAACGAGGACUUCAUGGCCCUCGUGCACGCCCGUGCCCGCAGACGCUUCCAGCGCGGCCUCAAGCGCAAGCCCAUGGGCCUCAUCAAGAAGCUGCGCAAGGCCAAGAAGGAGGCGCCCGCCAACGAGAAGCCCGCCGUCGUGCGCACGCACCUGCGGGACAUGAUCAUUGUGCCCGAGAUGGUCGGCUCCGUCAUUGGCGUGUACAACGGCAAGCAAUUCUACAACUCCGAGGUCAAGCCGGAGAUGGUCGGCCACUACACCGGCGAGUUCUCGCCCACGUACAUGCCCGUCAACCACGGCAAGCCGGGUCUCGGCGGUGUCGCUCGUUACAUCCCGACCAAGUAAAAGCCUCACGGUAAUGCCUUGCUGCGGGCGGCCGGCCGCGUGACGUGUCCGUAGGCCUGCGCAUGGCUCCACUUUCUCGCCUUGUCUCUCCAUGGCGGCGGGCAGCGCGAGCCCCUUGUGCAGGCUCUCGCAUGCCUCUCGUCAUUGUACUUCCUCGACACACGACCAUGC